AAUCCUGCCCCUGCGCAACGCGUCUAAGGUCCACCGACACUACACUCUAAAAGAAGAAGCUCGCUUUCUUCCAUCGUGCAUUCGAUCCAAUCUUACUCCAAAUCCAUGGCCGAUUCGUCCGAUCCCAGCAGCAUCGAGGUCGCGGAGCGCGGCGCCAAGAGCAAAGAUCACCAGGAAGAGCAGGAGUCCGAGGGAUUCAUGGCCAAGGUAAAGGAUUUCAUCCACGACAUUGGGGAGAAGAUCGAGGAGACGAUAGGUUUCGGCAAGCCCACGGCCAGCGUGAGUGGAUUCCAUCUCCCCAGCAUCAAUCUCGAGAAGGCCGAUGUGGUCGUGGACGUGCUCAUCAGGAACCCCAAUCCAGUCCCCAUUCCUCUGGUCGACAUCGAGUACCUGAUCGAGAGCGAUGGCCGCAAGCUCGUCUCCGGGACGAUCCCCGACGCGGGUACGAUCCACGCGCACGGAUCCGAGACGGUGAAGAUCCCUCUCACCCUGAUCUACAAGGACAUCGAGGACACCUACGAUGAUAUCAAGCCCGGCGCGGUGAUCCCCUACCGCGCCAAGGUCGCGCUCUUGAUCGACGUGCCGGUGUUUGGGCGGAUCACGAUCCCGCUGGAGAAGACGGGCGAGAUCCCCAUCCCUUACAAGCCCGACGUGGAUGUGGAUAGCGUGGAGUGGGAUCGCCUCUCGCUCGAGGAGACCGCGGCGACGAUGAAGAUCAAGGUGGAGAACAAGAACAAAUUCGAUCUGGGCGUGCGCGAGCUGGAAUUCGAGCUCACGCUGGCGGACACGCCGAUCAGCCGCGCCAAGCUCGGGCAGUCCGCGGACAUUGCCGGCGAUGGAGUAGGGUUCUUGGAGGUGCCCAUCUCGUUUCGUCCCAAGGAUUUUGGAUCCGCGCUGUGGGGGAUCAUCCGUGGCCGCGGCGCUGGCUAUAGCUUGGUGGGGAAAUUGGAGGUGGAGACUCCAUUCGGGCCAAUGCAUUUGCCCAUCUCCAAGGAAGGAGGGAAGACUACGCUCAAGAAGAAAGAGGGGUGUAAAGACGAGGACGAGGACGAGGACGAAGGGGACGAUGGCGAGAAGAAGAGCCACCAUAGCUGGGGGAUAUUCUCUUCUUCGCGAGAAGCCGAGGUAGAAGCUGAUCGAGAGGCCAAGGUCGAAGCCGAUCGAUCUCUCGAGAAUUGAUCUCUCGCUUGGUGUGCUCGAUCUUUUGCUUGGUAUAAGUACCUAUAUGUAUAAGUUUGAUCAUCGAGAAGAUAUGAAAGUUUGCCUGUC